AUGCUGCUUAUCGUCGCUCUAUCGUUGGAUAAUGCUUGCGUCGUCGUCCCUGCUGCCCCUGUCCCUACUGUCACCACAGCCCCUGCUGAAGCCCCGCUGGCCGAUGCAGCCCUGCAGGUCACUGCCGUCUCUGACUGCCAGGUCGACUCCGGUAUGCUGGUGGCUCCUACCCGACCCCUGGAUGACAAGUCCAUCAGACCCAGGCCCGAUCCCCAGAUCGUCACUUGCAUCGACCCUGAUCCAGCUGUAUUCAUCCUCUCUGCUGCCGUCAGCGUGACCCUAUCGCUCGAUACAGCCCCUGUCAAGGACCCUCCCUGCCCUCCCGUCGUCACCGAUGCUCGGAGGCUCGAGCCCGUGCUGGCUGAUGCCAAGCAUACGACGCUUGUCUCUCCUACCCAGUCUGUGGCUGAGCAAGCAGAUGCCUGUAUACGGCCGACCGACGAUGCCUGUCCGCUCCCAAGCCCUGCACAGUGUAGGGUGACGCUUGCACUCCCUGUGCUGGCCCUGUUGCCCGGCUCGGCUGUGCUCAUGGUUGCGAGGUCGGUCGAGUACAUGGCAGUGCUGCUUGCGGCUGUCUCCAGUAUUGUCAAGGUGACCUGUGCGCUGGAGCCCCUUGAUUGUCCUGCUCUACAGAUGACGGCCGAGUCUGAUAGCCACUCCGAUCCCUCGCAUGAGCUGUGCCCUGCUCGCACCGUCGGGCUUCUGUCUGAGCUCCCAAGCUGUCCUCCGACUACAGUGACGUGUGCCGACCCUGUGGCUGCCUGGUUUGAUCUGCCCAGCCAUGAGCUCACCGCCCCCUCGUCCCACGACAGUUGCUCCGUCACGCUUCCGACAGACCCUACGGAUGUCAAGGAGACAUGGUGA